AUGACGUAUGCCCAUCUCUUCAAGUACAGCAUCAUCGGCGACAUAGGUUUUGGUAAAUCAUGCUUAUUGCUACAGCUUACAGACAAGAGGUUUCAGCCAGUGCAUGACCUUCCUAUUGGUGUAGAGUUUGGUGCCGGAAUGAUAACUAUUGAUGGAAAACAGAUAAAACUUCAGAUAUGGGAUAUGGCAGGGCAAGAGUCCUUUCAUUCCAUCACAAGGUCAUAUUACAGUGGUGCAGCAGGGGCUUUACUAGUGUAUGAUAUUACAAGGAGAGACACAUCCAACCAGUUGACAACCUGGUUAGAAGAUGCCCGCCAGCAUUCCAAUUCCAACAUGGUCAUUAUGCUUACUGGAAAUAAAAGUGAUUUAGAAUCUAGAAUAGAAGUAAAAAAAGAAGAAGGUGACACUUUUGCACAAGAACAUGGACUUAUCUUCAUGGAAACUUCUGCUAAGGCUGCUUCUAAUGUAGAAGAGGCAUUUAUAAAUACAGCAAAAGAAAUUUAUGAAAAAACCCAAGAAGGCGUCUUUGACAUUAAUAACGAGGCAAAUGGCAUUAAAAUUGGCCCUCAGCAUGCUGCUGCUAAUGCCACACACAGAGGCAGUCAGGGAGGACAGCAGGCCGGGGGAGGCUGCUGUUGAGUCUGUUUUUACUGUCUCACUGCCCAAAAGGGGCGACUCACCUAUUCUUUCACCCACUCCUCCUGCUCAGCUGAGACAUGAAACUAUUUGAAAUGGCUUUAUGUCACAGAAGACUUUAAUCCUUCAAAUUCUUGUAUAACUUUGAAUAAAUGGUUGCUGUUCACUUAAAAGGACAGAUUUUGGAGAUU